AUGGGGACACCUGAAGAGUUGAACAAAAAUCGACGCUGUUUUUACAUCGGAAAUGUUACUUAUUUUGUAAGUUUUUAUUUUUUACUUUUGUGUUUAGGUAUGUUGCGGUGUUUGAAAGCAAACUUGAAGAGAUUUCAACGUCUUAGAUUGAGGGCGAGAGCUAUUCUUUAAGAUUUUUCUAAUUCUGAAGCAUGGUGAAGAUUUUUGAUAUUUUUGGAGAAGAACAUAAGCUAAUGCAGGGGAAAUUGUUUAUAGCAUUUUUAAAUGAACAUCGUUGAGUAUUUUUGAUCCUAGAAAAACAGUGUAAUUUGCCCAUUUUCACAUAGAAAUAUCCAUUUUUCUGGCCGGGCCUGCAUCAAGUUCAAUGUUCGAAAUUCCACGUAUUCCUCCUCUGUAAACGCAUUUUUUGGUGUUUUCCCAAAAAAAUGAGCCUUGACCUUUGCCCAGCGCAAUUUUUAUUCGUUUUCAGAUCCUCGGCGCCGCGUUCUUGGCAGUUGGAAUUCACUUGUACACAGAACAACAUACCUAUGCCGCCUUGGCUCCAUCCAGCUAUUCGGCAAUGUCCACGGCCGGACUCUGCGUCUGUGCUGGAUGUAUGAUCAUGAUUGUCGCUUUGAUUGGAUACGUUGGAGCUUCAUUGACUUCUAAAUGGCUUCUGUCUGUGGUAAGUAAUAUUGUACUUGAUUUGUUUUUGAAAUUUAGGUAUCAAGUUGUAUAGCACAAUGAAAAAUUUUUUUUAGUACAUUGGCUUUGUGGUUGUGUUGUUCCUUGUGCAAAUGAUGACGGGAAUAAUCGGCUUUCUGCACAAUGAAUUGGCCAGAGAAAGGGUCAAGCACAGCUUGUAUUCGACUAUAAACAGAACAUUUGUGACGGAUUACGGUCCAGAAUCCAACUUUCGGCUCACCUGGGAUUACAUGCAAGAGACUGUAAGUGUUUUCCAUUAUUUUUUUUACUUUAGGACACUAUGUUAUUCAUUACGAAUUGAUGUAAAAUAUGGAUUUUAGCUCUUCUGUUGUGGAGUGGAAAGUUACGAGGACUGGUAUUACGCUGCAAGAUGGCCAAAGAACAAAUUUGUUCCAGACAGUUGCUGCAAAUUAUCGUUCUUCUCGAACAAUUCAUCAAUUCAGAACUGCGGGAAGGUCGGAAAAUCCGAAAUGUUUCAUGAAAAGGUAUGAAAUCUUGUUCUUAUUGUGUAUCUUGGUGUUUAGGGAUGUUACGAGCCAUUUGCCGAUUGGCUGCUUCAUCAUCUGAAGAUUAUCAAGAUAUUCUCCUUGUUAUUUGGAAUAAUUGAGGUAAAAUAAUAUAAAAGCUAUAUUAUUUGAAUGUUUACAGUCUCUAAAAUGUAGCUAAUAUAUUUUUCUUUCAGAUAGGCUUGGUUAUCCUUGCAAUUCGAUUGAUCCGCUACCUGAAACGAUUGAAAAAAGCUCAGUCGGCACCUUCCUAUCGCUUCACUCGAAGUCAUCGUGGAGAUGAGAAGCUAAUCUCCGAAAGAACUUGA